UAUCCUGCACUAAACUAGAAAUCAAUAAUCUAGAGAAUCUGGAUAGUAAAUACUAGAUUCUCUUUCCUAAACCAUAUAUACUAAUACUUCUCUAAGAUUCUAACUGAUUUUGAGACUGAUUUCCACACUCCCCCUCAAGCUGGGUUGUAUAUGUUAUACAUGCCCAACUUGUGACUCAAUUCCUCAAAAUUAGUUCUUGGUAGAGCUUUGGUGAGGAUGUCUGCAAUCUGAGAUUUUGUUGGAGUGUAGAUGAGGUUAACAAUGUUCUUCUCAAUCUUUUAUGUGAUGAAGUGUCGAUCUAUUUCAAUGUGCUUUGUCCUGUUAUGAUGAACUGGAUUCUUUGCUAUGCUUAUGGCUGCUUGAUUAUCACAAUGCAUCUGGAUAGGUGUCAAUGAUUCCAUGCCAAGUUCCUUAAGUAAUCUUUGUAUCCACAUCCCUUCACAGAUACCAAGAGCUAGAGCUCUCAGCUCAGAUUCUGCACUGCUUCUAAAUACCACAUGUUGUUUCUUGCUUUUCCAAGUUACUAGAUUUCCCUAAACAUAGGAGCAAUAUCCAGAAGUAGAUCUCCUAUCUAUAAUAUUUCCUGCCCAGUCUGCAUCUGUGUAGAUUUCAAUAUUUCUGUUGUCACAUUUCUUGUAUAGAAGGCCUCUACCAGGAGUCAUUUUUAGGUACCUCAAGAUUCUAUUAACUGUUGCCAUAUGAUCUUCUGUCGGGUUGUUCAUGAAUUGGCUUACAAAACUGACAGCAAAGCCAAUAUCAGGUCUGAUAUGUGAGGGAUAGAUGAGUCGACCCACAAGUCUUUGAUAUCUCCCCCUAUCCACUGGUAUACUAUUAUUUUCUGCUCCUAUCUUCUUUGUUGAAUCCAUUGGAGUGUCUGCAGGUUUGCAUCCAAGCAUUCCUGUUUUUUUUAGUAGAUCCAAAACAUAUUUUCGUUGAGAAACAUAUAUACCUUUCCUUGACCGUGCCACUUCCAUGCCAAGGAAGUAUUUGAGAUACCCAAGGUCUUUGAUCUCAAAUUCCUUGGCUAAAAGUUUCUUCAGUCUCACCAAUUCUUCCUCAUAAUCCCCGGUUAAGAUGAUGUCAUCCACAUAUACUAUUAGGAUUGCUAUUUCCUUUUCUGGAGAGGUUUUUACAAACAGUGUGUUGUCUGUUUGGCAUUGGGAAUAUCUAUACUAUGCUACUGUCUUUGUAAAUCUAUCAAACCAUGCCCGAGGGGAUUGCUUGAGUCCAUAUAGUGAUUUUUUCAGUCUGCAUACUCUGUUGACGUUGGAGGAUGUUUCUAGUCCUGGAGGAAUCUCCAUGUAUACUUCUUCUACCAAGUCUCCAUUAAGGAAAGCAUUUUUGAUGUCUAGUUAAUGUAAUGGCCAGUCUUGGUUAGCUGCUAGGGACAUAAGCACUCUGAUUGUAUUAAGUUUGGCCACUGGAGCAAAUGUUUCUUGAUAAUCUAUUCCAUAGGACUGAGUAAACCCUUUUGCAACCAGACGAGCUUUUAACCUUUCAAUACUUCCAUCAGCCUUAUGUUUGAUAGUAAAUACCCAUUUACACCCAACUGGUUUCUUUCCAGGUGGAAGUUCAGAAAUUUCCCAAGUUCUAUUCUUGUUUAAGGCAUUGAUUUCAUCACUCACUGCCUUUCUCUACCCUGAAUCUUUGAGAGCUUCUUCAAUAGACUUAGGAAUCUGUACACUGUCAAUGGCUGACACAAAUGCAUGAUAGGUUGGUGAUAACCCUUUAUAUGAAACAAAUUUGCUGAUGGGAUGACUUGUGCAUGAUCUAACACCCUUUCUCAAAGCAAUUGGAAUAUUUGAAUCAUCAAUAACAGAGGCAGUAUUCUCACAGUCAGAAGUUUCCAUACCUGAGUAUAUUGGGGCAGAAUCUGGACUUGGUUCUGAAUCUUGGUCAUGUGAGAGGAUGAAUCUGGUCAGGAGAUUGGAUUGAGGCUGGUGGUGCUGGGAUUGAUUGGGUUAAGGCUGGAGGUGUAGUGUAAGGACUCAAAUGACUUCGGACAAGACUCUGUUGGUUGUCUCCUGAGUUAAUUACAUGAUCAGAUUGUAUAUCCCAAUUCUGAUAUUCUCUUAUGGUUGCCUCAUGAAGAUCAGACUUCGGAUAAUAUGCUUGAUGUUCAAAAAAUGUGACAUCCAUAGAAGUAUAGACCUUUUUGAGAACAAGAGAAUAACAUUUAUAACCCUUUUGGUGUGGAGAGUAUCCUAUAAAAAUACACUUGAGAGAGGUAGGGUCUAAUUUUCCUCUAUGGUGUAUAUGAACAAACAUUGAGCAUCCAAAUACUUUAGGGUCUAAGGAAGAGAGUAGUUUUGUGUGUGGAAAGGCUUGUAGAAGGACUUGGCUGAGAGUUCUGAAGUUUAGAACUCUAGAAGGCAUUCUGUUGAUGAGAUAGGUUACUGUGAGAAUAGCUUCUCCCCAGAAUUGUUUUGGCACAUGAGUAGAUAGCAUAAAGGGAUCUAGCAACUUCCAACAGAUGUCUAUUCUUCCUUUCAGCCACUUCAUUUUGUUGUGGAGUGUUAACACAAGAGCUUAUAUGGAUAAUGCCUUGACUUAGACAAUAAGUAUUAAGGCUAGAAUUGAAAUAUUCUUUGGCAUUAUCAGUUUUUAGGAUUUGGAUUUUAGUCUGGAAUUGGGUUUGUAUCAUGGUAUGGAAGUUUUGGAAAAUUUGGCUGACUUCAGAUUUUUCUUUCAUAAGGAAUAACCAAGUCAAUCUAGUGUGAUCAUCAACAAAGGAGACAAACCAUCGAGUUCCAGUUAUAUUGUGCACUUGUGAGGGGCCCCAUACAUCACUAUGAAUCAUUGCAAAUGGAUAUGAUGGUUUAUAUGAAAUAGUGGGAUAGCUACUACGAACAUGUUUAGAGAGUUGACAUAUUUCACAUUUGAAGGAUUGUGAGCUUUUAUUGGAAAAGAAGGAUGGAAACAGCCUUUCAAGGUACAUGAAGUUUGGAUGACCAAGACGAUAGUGCCAUAACAGAACUUCACUAUCUUUAUUGACAUGAAAAUUUAAAGCUAACUGACCCUUGGAUGAUACAUAGCUUCUGGUUUGAAUUUGUCUUCUUAAAGGAAUCUCACUUUUGAGUAGAUAGAGCCCAGAACACAUCUUAGCACUUCCAAUCUUCUUCCUCGUAUCCAAAUCCUGAAAUAUACACAAAUGAGGAAAGAAUUUAGCAACAUAAUUCAGGUCACGAGUCAAUUUGCUAAUUGAGAGUAGGUUGCAGUCUAGGUUAGGAACAUGGAGAAUAGAGUUUAGGAUCAUGUCCCUUGAGAGUCUGCUCAAGCCUAUUCCCUUAACUUGGGAGGAAGACCCAUCAGCUAUAUGGACUGUAGAAUUAUUAGUGCACUGAUUGUAUUCAUUAAGAAGAGUGGCAUCUCCUGUCAUAUGGUCUGAUGCUCCGGAGUCGAUGAUCCAAGGGCUUGAGUGUUUCUUACUAACAGUAAGGGCUGUUGAAAAUUUACCUUUUUGUGCUAACAGUCCAGAUCCAGAACCAGAGGCUGACAUACUUGGUUGAGAUAGUGAAUUCUGACUGAAGAGUUUCUGUAAGAUCUCAAGUUGUUCCUUGCUGAAAGGACUUGUUUCUGUUGGCAAAAUGGUGUUCUUAUCUCAGUUGUUGUCUGAGAUAACAUUGUUGGCACGUCUGUCUUUGUCAUUUAUUGAUUUUGAUGGUUUCCAAUCAGCAGGUUUGCCAUGAAUCUUCCAGCAGUUUUCCUUGACAUGUCCUGGUUUAUUGCAGUGAUCAUACCAGGGUCUUCCUUUCCUCUGUCGAUUGUCAUAGUUGCUGUUUGAAUAGCCUCGAGCAGCAAGGGCAGAUCCUUCCAUUAUCUGAGCUGAGUUGUGAGGUUUCAUCAUUACUUUCUUUCUACUUUCUUCACGUCUAACCUCAGAGAAUGCUUCUCUGAGAUUUGGAAGAGGUUUGGUUCCCAUUAUUCUUCCUCUGACUUCAUCAAGGUUCUUGUUGAGCCCAAGAAGAAAUUUGAAAGUUCUUUUCUACUCAACAAUUCUUCUAUAUAGGACUGUGUCUUCAGGGCAAUUCCAGCUGUGAAUUUCAAACAUAUCUAGGUGUUGCCAAUGACGGCAGAGAGUGUUGAAGUAUUGAGUAAUAGAAAGUUCUCCUUGGCGUAGAUCGUGUAACACUGCCUCAAUCUCAAAUAGUUCUGAUGUAUUUUCAGAACUUGAAUAUGUUUCUCUUGCUGCUUCCUAGAUUUCCUUUGUUGUUCCAUAUAGGAGAAAAUUUUCGCCAAUUUCAUUGGUCAUUGAAUUGAUCAGCCAUGACAUUACCAUAUGAUUUUCAGUCUUUCAUGUUCGAAACAUGGGAUCAUUCUUUUCUGGUAUGAUGAUAUCCCCUGUGAAGUAGUCAUCUUUGCCCUUUCCACAAAUAAACAUCAUGACUGAUGAUGACCAUUGAAGAUAAUUAUAUCCAUUGAGUUUGUGUCCUGUGAUUUGGUGUGAUGUGCCUUCAGUGCCUCCUAAAAGGCUACCAUGAGAGGUUGUUCCUGGUUGUGAGGUCACCUCAGAGAGAGAGCUUGCUGCCAUGCCUUAGAGAAGUAGAUUAGGGUUCAAGAGUAGGCUCUGAUACCAUGAAGAAUUUUGAGAGAAGUCUUUCUUUUUUUUUUAAUCUUACCAACAGUAUGUUUGUACAAUAAAUAGGGAAGAGAAGCUAACCUACUGACCCUCAAAACAAGAAAUAAAUACUAGAUAGAAAAGUAUCCUGCACUAAACUAGAAAGCAAUAAUCUAGAGAAUCUGGAUAGUUAAUACCAGAUUCUCUUUCCUAAACCAUAUAUACUAAUACUUCUCUAAGAUUCUAACUGAUUUUGAGACUGAUUUUCAUAAUAAUGAAGCUUGAUAUGGUAAUAUUACCAAAUUAGGGAAUAAUUAUUGACAGGAGACGUUUUCUCCUUGUGAUUCUCCCACCCCCAAAUAUCAUUCCUAUAUAUUCAGUAAUUACACCAGCAUAACUAUUGCCAUGUUCAGUUUAGAAAACACUUAAGUUAUGGGAUCAUGUUUAUAUAAUACAUUGAUGUGUAUAAAAAAGAAAACGAUGCCUUUUCCAAACUGUCUUUGAUCUACAAAAGCUAUUCUUAGUAUACCACUGAUGUUUAUGUAUAGUCUUGGUUGACACUUAAGUUGGUUCGAUACACACACACACACAAACACACUAGUAUGGAUUAUGAAGAAGGAAGAACGGUUAGUAUAAGAAGGCGGGAAGAUAGUAACAGAAGGCUUUGUUAGUAAUAACUCCUAAAGCCGGAAAACAUUGACAAACUCUCAUUUCUCCUAAUCAUACGCAGUUUUUUCUUCUCUGAAAAAAUGCCACUCAUUGUUAGCUGUCUUUUCUUCAAAUAUAGCCUCUCUCUCUUAAAAAAAUAAUAAUAAUUCAAAAACAACAAAAAAAGGAAAAGACUCCCCUUUUCUUCCUUCUUGUACCUAGAAGGAAGGCCAGAAUCCCGUUGUUCAUGUCUGACUUCUGAAACGUCAUUCAUAACCAUCCUCUUGAAUCUAGAUAGCUUCAAGCAUAACAAAGAGACAAAACCCACAUUACUCUUUUUUUUUUUGCCUGCUUCAUUAUUGUUUUAUGUUUUGGUGUAGGAGAAUGUACCAUAGUCUUUUAGGGUUCUUGAUUGUCUCUCUUGUAAUCCUCGCCACCUUGGUCCAUUCGAAGACUGAUUCUGAAGAUGUUUCGGCUUUGAAUGUGAUGUUUACGAGCUUAAACUCUCCUUCAAAACUGAGUGGAUGGCAAUCAAGUGGUGGGGACCCUUGUAGAGACUCUUGGGAAGGAAUCCAGUGCUCAGGCUCAUCUGUGACUCAAAUAAAAUUAUCUGGACUUGGACUUACUGGAUCACUGGGUUAUCAGCUAUCAAACUUGAAAUCUGUCACCUACUUUGAUGUGAGCAAGAACAACCUCAAGAAUGAUAUACCAUACCAGCUUCCUCCUAAUGCAGCUACCUUAGAUCUUUCUAAUAAUGGCUUCACUGGCAGUGUGCCCUACUCAAUUUCACAAAUGACUAAACUUCAAAACCUAAAUCUUAAUCAAAAUAAAUUAAAUGGACAGUUGAGUGAUAUGUUUCAGAAACUCUCUAAACUUAAAACACUGGAUCUAUCCCACAACUCGAUCUCAGGGAAUCUGCCUCAGAGUUUUUCUGCACUUUCAAGCCUCAGCACAUUGCAUUUGCAAGACAAUGAAUUCACUGGUACCAUAGAUGUCCUUGCCAGACUUCCCCUUAAAGAUUUGAAUAUUAAAGACAAUGAGUUCACUGGUUGGGUCCCUGACUCGCUGAAUGGCAUUGAUAAUCUGGAAACGGGCGGGAAUGCGUGGUCAUCUGGUCCAGCUCCUCGUGGUAAAUCUAGUUCAGCCCAUGGCAAGGGAAGUGGGAAAGGUGGCAUGAAUGGACUUGCUAUAGCGUUAAUAGUUUUGGCUUCACUGGUUGUAGUUGGACUCCUCAUUAUACUACUGUCAAAAAGAAGGUCUUCUCCAUCUUCAAAUUUUCUUGAGGAAGAUAAUGGUAGCUGGCAUAGAGCAUUUACUCCCCUUUCAUCACAUGAACUAUCCAAUGACACCCGUGCUGCCAUAAAGAAAGAGUUUAAAGAAAUUGAACCAAUCAAUUCCUCUGGUUCGAUUGAUAUAAAGAAUCUGCAAAAAGCUCCUUCCGUGGGUUACAAGCCUCCACCUUCUGAUUUUUCCGAGUCUAUAAGUGACAACGAGUUUGCCAUCCGUCUAAAUGCUGGAAGAAACACCUCUGUUCGUUCCAUAGCUUUUUCCUUGACAGAUUUGCAGACUGCUACUGGCAAUUUUGCAUCGGGCCGGCUUAUUGGUGAGGGAUCCCUCGGUCCUGUUUACAGGGCCAAAUAUCCUGAUGGGAAGGUUUUAGCUGUCAAGAAGAUUGAUUCAUCACUUUUUCAAGGCGCAAAGCAAGAGUUUUCAGAAAUUGCUACAAGCAUCUCAAAAGUUCACCAUCAGAACAUUGCUGAGCUUGUUGGUUAUUGUUCAGAACAAGGGCACAGCAUGUUGAUAUACGAGUAUUUCAGGAAUGGCUCACUUCAUGAAUUCCUGCAUGUGUCAGAUGACUACAGUAAACCACUAACUUGGAAUACCAGAGUUAGAAUAGCUUUGGGCACGGCACGUGCUGUCGAGUACCUCCAUGAAGUUUGUUCUCCAUCCUUCAUCCACAAGAACAUCAAGUCAUCUAACAUUUUGCUUGACCUUGAGCUCAAUCCAUGUCUUUGCGACUAUGGGCUGGCAAACUUCCAUCAUCGGACAAGCCAAAACCUUGGUGCAGGAUACAAUGCUCCAGAGUGCACUAAGCCUUCAGCUUAUACAAUGAAGAGUGAUGUUUACAGUUUUGGAGUGGUGAUGCUGGAGUUAUUGACUGGUAGACAGCCUUUUGACAGUUCAAAGCCGAAAUCAGAACAAUGUCUGGUUCGUUGGGCCACCCCUCAACUACAUGACAUUGAUGCGUUGGACAAAAUGGUAGACCCUGCAUUGCGCGGGCUAUACCCUCCAAAGUCUGUUUCUCGAUUUGCUGAUAUCAUUUCCCUCUGUGCACAGGUGGAGCCUGAAUUCCGGCCGCCUAUGUCAGAGAUAGUGCAAGCAUUGGUGCGAUUAUUUCAGUGAUCGAGUAUGAACAUAAGAGACGAUAUUGCAGUUUCUAAUCAGAUGGAGGAUUCUGAUUACUAGUGCUAGCUGUAUUCUUUAAAGUUUGAUAUAGAACAAAGUCAUUUCUUUUUGUUUGGUUCUCCCUCUUGUACAUGUCUGCUAGUAGCCUUGGUUACAGAGGACUCUUGGAGAUUUUCUUUGCUUUUUUAACAACUUCAAAGGGUUUUCUUUCUUUCUUCUUCUUCUUCUUCUGCAUGAAAGAUUUUAUGGAGAAAUUCAACUUCCUGA